AUAAAACUAACUUUUUAAAAGAGGACUUUGUAAUUAAUCUCUCAAAUAGAGAAGAAAAAGUUGCUUUCCAGCUAGGACAGUGUCAUAAUAGGCAACGUAGUUCCAGUAAUUUGGGGUGGGGAGUGAGCCUGAUUGGCUUUAAGUAGAAGAGUUCUCCAGGUGGAGGUAGCCUGCCUUCCCCCUUUGGACUUGACUUCUCAGGGAAUCUGAAUUCUGCCUCCUGUCUGACGUUGAGAAAAGGAGAAAUGUUUUGGUGUGAAAACCACAGUGGCUGGAAGUACUGUUUUGUCCGCGGUGGUGGUGGUGUAUGUGCGGGUGUGUGGUGGUGGCGGUGGUGGGGAGAGGUUUGUGGAUGGCGUGGAGUUACGGUAGGCUGGUCUGUAGCUCUCAGGGAGUCAAAAUAGCAUGGUGCAUGCUGGUUUCCAGCACUGCGCAACAAGUGGGACCGCUGCCGCAGCGAUCCGAGCGAGGGUGCUGUGUAGUGGCGGAGCCUGGCCGAUUUCUCUUCGUUCCAAUGGAAGCCAGGAACGGCUCCUCCCAGCCCUCUCGGUCUCCCAGUCCGAGACCAGCAGCCCCACCAAAAGGCCCCCUCCGUCCCCGCUUUGCCAGGCUCAGUAGUAAGCCUGGGUGGGACUCAGCCUUUAUCCCCCAGGUCUCCCUUCCUCCGUGAUGAUCAGGAGUUUAUUUUCGGGUUUUUUUGCUGGUCGGCUAGUGUUUGGCAAGAAUCUCUCUCUGUUAAUACCGUCGAGUGCCAUUCUGCUUUUUGAAGACAAGUGCACCCUUUAUUGCCCUGCCCAGUACAUUCAGCUUUUCGGAAAAAAAAAAAAAAUCAACUUGUUUUACAUGAACGUAGCUCCAGAUAUUGCGUUGUGGUUGCUAGAGGCGUGAGCAUCCGGAAUAAUGGAAUUACAUCCACAAAAUUAAAUGUUUUCCAGCUUUGGUUUUGGAGGCAACCACACCACCAGCCCCACCAGACAGAAAAAAAAGCGGGGGCUGGGGGGAUCGGUUGUGGAUGGCUGCGGCCGUGUGGUGGUUCUCGGACGGACUGAGUCCGCCACCUAGUGGUGGGUCGCAAUCAAGUUUUCCGCCUGGGGUAGUGGGCCGACUGGUUCCUUUUCGGGUCUCGCAGUGUCCUGGCCAGGUGCUAGGACUGACAGAGGGAGAGCAUCCUUCAACGGGGAUGGCAUACGACCUCCGAAGUUUUGACAAGACAGAUGAAAAUUAUAAAUGCCCCGGAUGCUCGCUCCGUCCACCAUCACCCAGCGACGGGCAUCUAUCUCCACUAAGAGAAACCAUGAAACAAUCCGCUUUGAACACACUGUCUCCCUGUCACUGUGACCUUUCCCGGAGGAAGUCGGCAGUGGAAGGAUGCCAUGUAGGCGCCCAGGGGCUUCAGGACUGACAGCUCUUGAGGAAACUGGCCUGGCGAGGGGGCCUGUUUGUGGCGAGUUAGGGACCUAACAAGGACCAGAUUUUAAGCUUGUGAAUUUCAGGUCAGUGACUUAAUGUCAAAGGCGAAGUUAUCUAUACUUCUCUGAAGUUUGUAAGAGAAGGGGGCAGCAGCCAGAGCCAUGAUUUUAACCUCUUGGGUCACCUGAGUUGCUAGCGAACAUUGGAAACGGUUCCUCAGCAGUCUGGGAGGAAUUUGUUUAGAAAGCAUGGCUUAGGAUUUUCGGUUAAGGACGUGAAAAGCCUGCAGUAGUGCUGGGGUGUGUGUGUGGGGAGGUCUCAAAGCUCGGGGGUUGGGGGGAGUAUGUACGUGCUAGCGGGGUGGUUCCGGCCUAAACAGGAGACUUAGAGGAGUGCCUCACUGCGACCGAGUCUCACUUUUGGAUCCUUCCCCUUCCUUCUAGCCUUUGCCUAGUGGUCUGGCGAGAAACCGGAUGUGUGUGUGGUGAGGGAGAGGGUCCUGUGGACAGGCAGAGCGUAAUUCUCGCAGAAUUUGUGCCGCAGCAGCUCCUCGGUAAAGUUUUCUUUCCCGGAGCUCGUGACUUAAGAUUGGCAAACGCGCCUCCGCGUGCUGGCGGCCCCUAGCGGCGGCCGGCGCGCUCACCCGCGGGACACGCCGCCGCCCCCCGCGCCCGGGUCCGCUGGGAUCGAGUUCGGCCUCUCCCACUGCGGGAACCGUCCGAGGCCGCGUCGGAGAAACGCGCCUCUGUUCGGGUUGGAAACGAAUCUGGGAACGUGUUUGAAGCGCGGUCAAGUUUGACUCAUCGCUUUCCAAGGACAGUUAGUGCCUUCCAUCUUCAUUAACGUGAAUAAAGACCUUGGCUGACUUCUGUCCAGAUCGGAUUUUUAAAGGCAUUGUUUGCUUGGGGAGAUCAUGCCUCUCCCCUCCCCCGCCGGCCUUUUUGCAAAGGCUGAGCCCAGUCCAGCCAGGAUGGCCGAGAGAUCUCUGCCUGGGGACGUGGUUGGCUGGCGUUGUCUGCGGGCCCUUCUGGAAGGCUGUCUCCCGGGCGUAUGGGGAGCGUCCCACUGCAGCUUCUCUUCAGAUCUUGAUGAUAAAACACAUCCCUCUAUUUUAUUGCAUUUCCUAGAAGCUUGCAGGCUUGCAAGAGCGCUGUUGGCAGGAAACGUGAUAGAAAUGAAAGUCAGGACGUAAUGUCCCCGAACACCUCGGUUACACAAAGCGGCUGCCGAGGCCAUCGUGUUAUCAAAUUCGCUUUUAUCUACUGUCGCCUUCCCCACCCUCCCGCCUUCCCGCCCCAGUCGAGAGGCAAAGAGUGUUUCCCCCUCAGAACAAAAACAACUCCGCGGUUUGACCCCAUCCCCUGCUGUCGGACCACUGUGACUAGAUCCGUGCAGUUUGUUGGCUGAGCGGCUGCUGGGACCGGUAACCCUCCAGCAGGAGCCCCGAUGCGGAUUUCACUGCGGUAGCUCCAGCCUUAUUAAAAUUCUUUGUUCCUGUCCCUAAACAGUGCUUUGCACUUUCAAAUUCCCCAUUUGAGUUUUCAGCGAGUUAUUGGAGUUAUUAGAUUACCAAUAAUCCAACGGCUGGCCUGGAUAGAGAGGAGGGGGAAGGGCGGAGGGCAUUCUCCAAAUCGGGAAGGUCUGGCCAAACUAGGUCAAUGGGAAGGAGAGGCGGGGCGAGACGGGGGCUGUGGGUUUCAAGCCUUGACGGAGGGCGCUCUCUAGCGUUAGGCAGCGGUAAAAACACGCUCAGGUUUGAGCUCCCGGAACCACUGGGCCUCCUAAUUUCUAAUAAAUCCAUUUGUUUAAUUUUAAUUUCCGAGAUUCUCACCCCCACCCCAGAAUUGAAUUCCAGCCGUCUCUUUCACCUUUGUCCAACUGGGCAGAGGAAUGAGAAAGCCUCAAAGUAGGAUUUUGAGACCGAAGAGGCCAAGUCUUUACGGACGGACUCUGACCCCUCCUCGGUCGCAGACUGGAUGCACCGCGCAGUGUGGCGCCACCCUCUAGUCUUAGGGCUGCGGCCUUUGAGGCUGAGUCAUUCGCUGUCCCCUGUCUCCUGAAAGCGCCUUCCACAGCCCGCUAUCGAGACCCAUUUGGAGAUGGCGCCCAGGGAUUAUAAUUCCCAGGGAGGCCGCGGGAAGGGGAGGCAAUUUUGGACUACGCCAGUGCGCGCGCUGGGGUCGGCGCCCCGGCCUCCGCCGAGUCCAAACCGUGUCUCUACUGUUUCGGGGAAAUCGGACUCGGAAAUCCCUAAACCUGGCCAGGUUCGGCCUGGCAGCUCCUAUUCUAAAUACUUUAGGCGGAAACUAAGUCGAGCUGGGUUCCCGUUCUUGCCAACGUAGGCGGAAGGGACUUUCGGUUUAGUUUUCCUCCAACUUGGCUGGGGCGUGCAGGAUGGAGGAGACCCUAAGCCCUAGGGACUCCAUCUUUUUCGCCUUGACACCUCGCCUAACCAUUCCCUUAAAGAAGUGGCGGGGGGCGGGGAGGCAAAAAGAGAGAAAAGGAACGACACACUGGGCCAACAAACGCCGGAAUUGGGCAACUUGGAGUCAGGAAAUGAGUCUCGGAUUGGAUCCGAACUCCUGGUUCUAGACCAGCUCUGCUACUAACUUGUCUGAUUUCCCCGUUUAUAAAUUGUUGCGGGGGAGUGGUUGGACUAGAUGAACUCUGAGAGUCCUGGACUCGGCGCAGGCGAGGGAUUUAGGGGAAAGUGCGCCGUAUUCCCCGCGAGCCUUAUCCCCCCACCCGCCUCCCCCGGUGAAUCCCCGGCGGCCAGCACGGCGCGGGCAGCGAUCCUGGCUGCAGUCGGGGCCCGGGUAGCUUCCUGGAAAGUUAGACAGGCAGAGAGUAUUCUGUGAAAUCCGCAGAGCCGAGAUCGACUACGUUCCGGGAAUGAGAGGGCUGUGCCAUUCCCCUCCCUGCCCCCUGCCUUGACGGCAUAACAGGAAAAAAAAAAAAAAAAAAGGCAUACACACAAUGUUAGCUAUCGAGGUGCCCGAAAAGUUUUAUUUGAAUGUAACUAAAUUAAGGGCCACCACGGUCACACCAGGGAGCCUCCACCGCGCCUUACAGGGGGCUUCGAGGUGGAUGGGAAGUGGUGCCCGCCGGUCGUCCAGAAGUGGGCAGUCUCUGGAAGACAGGUUUUAAGCAAAAUUUUGGACUGUGAAGCAACUCAUUGGGUGAAGACAAAAUGGCCUCACCGGCUGACAGCUGUAUCCAGUUCACCCGCCAUGCCAGUGACGUUCUUCUCAACCUUAAUCGCCUCCGGAGUCGAGACAUCUUGACUGAUGUUGUCAUUGUGGUGAGCCGUGAGCAGUUUAGAGCCCAUAAGACAGUCCUCAUGGCUUGCAGUGGCCUGUUCUACAGCAUCUUUACAGACCAGUUGAAAUGUAACCUUAAUGUGAUCAAUCUGGAUCCUGAGAUCAACCCUGAGGGGUUCUGCAUCCUCCUGGACUUUAUGUACACAUCUCGGCUCAAUCUGCGGGAAGGGAACAUCAUGGCUGUGAUGGCCACAGCUAUGUACUUGCAAAUGGAGCAUGUUGUGGACACUUGCAGGAAGUUUAUCAAAGCCAGUGAAGCAGAGAUGGUUCCUGCCAUCAAGCCUCCCCGUGAAGAGUUCUUGAACAGCCGGAUGCUGAUGCCCCAAGACAUUAUGGCCUAUCGGGGUCGUGAGGUGGUGGAGAACAACCUGCCACUGAGGAACACCCCUGGGUGUGAGAGCAGAGCCUUUGCCCCCAGCCUGUACAGUGGCCUGUCCACACCGCCAGCCUCUUACCCCAUGUACAGCCACCUUCCAGUCAGCAGCUUCCUCUUCUCUGACGAGGAGCUGCGGGAUGCCCGGAUGCCUGUGGCCAACCCCUUCCCCAAGGAGCGGGCCCUCCCCUGCGACAGCGCCAGGCCAGUCCCUGGGGAGUACAGCCGGCCGGCCUUGGAGGUGUCCCCCAGCGUGUGCCACGGUAACAUCUAUUCACCCAAGGAGACAGUCCCAGAGGAAGCACGAAGUGACAUGCACUACAGUGUGGCUGAGGGCCCCAAGCCUGCUGCCCCCUCGGUCCGAAAUGCCCCAUACUUCCCCUGUGACAAGGCCAGCAAAGAAGAAGAGAGACCCUCCUCAGAGGAUGAGAUUGCCCUGCAUUUCGAGCCCCCCAAUGCGCCCCUGAACCGGAAGGGUCUGGUUAGUCCACAGAGCCCCCAGAAAUCCGACUGCCAGCCCAACUCGCCCACAGAGUCCUGCAGCAGCAAGAAUGCCUGCAUCCUCCAGACCUCUGGCUCCCCGUCAGCCAAGAGCCCCACUGACCCCAAAGCCUGCAACUGGAAGAAAUACAAGUUCAUCGUGCUCAACAGCCUCAACCAGAACGCCAAACCAGAGGGGCCCGAGCAGGCUGAGCUGGGCCGCCUUUCUCCGAGAGCCUACCCUGCCCCACCUGCCUGCCAGCCACCCCUGGAGCCUGAGAACCUUGACCUCCAGUCCCCAACCAAGCUCAGUGCCGGCGGGGAGGAUUCCACCAUCCCGCAAGCCAGCCGGCUCAAUAACAUUGUUAACAGGUCCCUGACAGGCUCCCCCCGCAGCAGCAGCGAGAGCCACUCGCCGCUCUACAUGCACCCCCCAAAGUGCGUGUCCUGCGGCUCUCAGUCCCCGCAGCACGCAGAGAUGUGCCUCCACACUGCUGGCCCCACGUUCUCUGAGGAGAUGGGAGAGACCCAGUCUGAGUACUCAGAUUCCAGCUGUGAGAACGGGGCCUUCUUCUGCAAUGAGUGUGACUGCCGCUUCUCUGAGGAGGCCUCACUCAAGAGGCACACGCUGCAGACCCACAGCGACAAACCCUACAAGUGCGACCGCUGCCAGGCCUCCUUCCGCUACAAGGGCAACCUCGCCAGCCACAAGACCGUCCAUACCGGUGAGAAACCCUAUCGUUGCAACAUCUGCGGGGCCCAGUUCAAUCGGCCAGCCAACCUGAAAACCCACACUCGAAUUCACUCUGGAGAGAAGCCCUACAAAUGCGAAACCUGCGGAGCCAGAUUUGUACAGGUGGCCCACCUCCGUGCCCACGUGCUCAUCCACACUGGCGAGAAGCCCUAUCCCUGCGAAAUCUGUGGCACCCGUUUCCGACACCUUCAGACUCUGAAGAGCCACCUGCGAAUCCACACGGGAGAGAAACCUUACCAUUGCGAGAAGUGUAACCUGCAUUUCCGUCACAAAAGCCAGCUGCGACUUCACUUGCGCCAGAAGCAUGGCGCCAUCACCAACACCAAGGUGCAAUACCGCGUGUCGGCCACUGACCUGCCUCCGGAGCUCCCCAAAGCCUGCUGAAGCAUGGAGUGUUGAUGCUUUCCUCUCCAGCCCCUUCUCAGAAUCUACCCAAAGGAUACUGUAACACUUUAUAACGUUCAUCCCAUGAUGUAGUGCCUCUUUCAUCCACUAGUGCAAAUCAUAGCUGAGGGCAGGGGGUGGGGGGUGGGGCCCGGGGGACUGGGAGCCACGGCAGCUCCCCUUCCCCCACUGCCAUAAAACAUUAAGAAAAUAAUAAUGCUUUUUCUCCUAUGUGUAAGGCGAACCAUGUCAGCAAAAAGCAAAAUCAUUUUAUAUAUCCAAGUGGGGGAGUAUGCAAAAGCUCUGACUUGACUUAGUCUGCAAAAUGAGGAAUGUAUAUGUUUUGUGGG